GAAGCGAACAGUUGCUGCAUCGCUGCUGCCUUUUUCCGUCUGUUUCCGCUCUGUUCUUCUUCACAAAUCUAUGACUUCAGGCAAUUAUUUCAUUCAAGAGGAGGAAGAGGAGCUGAUGAAGGGUUAUUUUGGUUAAUUGCCGACUCACUCUGAACUGGAGGUGAGUGGAAGGGAUUUCUUGCAACGCCGCAAGGUAACUAGGGAUUCCUCCCUGGGAUUUAUUUGCUGUUUUUUCUGCAGAAAUCUUUGGACAUUUGUUUUUGCGUUUUGUGAGCUGAAGCUGCCUGUAAUGGGAAACAGGUGGAAAUGUGAGGGUUAACCCCCCCACUGCGCUGCAUGUUGGCAAAGCUUCCCUACUUCUCUGCAGCCAAAGAUCCAGACGCUGACAAAUUGCACCUCAAUCAGGUGCAACCUUGGUGUGUGCUGCUCGGUUCUGGAAACACUGGGAUCUGAAGUGAGUGAGCAGAAAUCGGUGGAAGUGGAAGUGGAGGGCGGUUUGGUCGUUUUGUGGACUCGGGGAAGAAGAUGCCAGCCAUCCUGAUGGCCUCAGCCAUGAAGUCAGGACUCCCGAAACCCAAACCGGUUCACAGUGCCCUUCCCAUCCCCCAGACCCCCAGCAGACCGUCUGCCUUAGCUCUGCCUUCGGCGCCGCUCAAGAGCCGGCAGGUGUCCACCAGACCGUCAAGGAGUUCUCCGGAGUCGGAGGCAGCUGGAAACCCUCAGAUCUACACGGACUGGGCCAACCACUACCUUGCCAAGUCAGGACACAAGCGGCUCAUCAAGGAUCUGCAGACGGACGUCACGGAUGGAGUGCUGCUGGCCGAGAUCAUACAGGUCGUCGCCAAUGAGAAGAUUGAUGAUAUCAAUGGGUGUCCCAAAAGCCGUUCUCAGAUGAUUGAGAACAUUGAUGCUUGUUUGAGUUUCCUGGCAGCUAAAGGAGUCAAUAUCCAGGGUCUGUCUGCAGAAGAGAUUCGUAAUGGGAAUCUGAAGGCGAUCCUCGGCCUCUUCUUCAGCUUGUCCCGCUACAAACAGCAGCAGCAGCAGGCUCAGCGGCAGAACUCCCAGCCCUGCCUCCCGCCGGCGGCCCAAACCCAGAACACACACCCUCCCUUGAGCCAGCUGAGCAGCGCUCCGGCACAGCUCAGCCACUCUCCGCAUGGGACGCCCGGCCUCGCAGCACAGAAAGCAGCACAGGCCGAGAUGCAGUCCAGGGAUGGUUGUCAGAGUAAACUUCUCAAGUUUUCCAUUGGUCAGAAAAAGAGCUCUAGACUUCCUGGCCCGACAACAAGGGUGUCCACUGCUGGCGGUGACGUCCCUCCCAGAGGCUCGGUCAGCGCUGCUGGAAACCGGCGCAGUCAGGGCUGCAGUGACAAGACCAAAGCAAGUUUACAUCCGAACAAAGAUUCCUUGGAGGGCAUGACCUCACAGCUCUCUGUGAUGACUGAGCAUUCUCCGUCGUCUGCAGUGACCGUCGGCUCCUCCACCAGCGCCAUAUCUGCUACCUCCCACUUGGUUCCUCCAUCUUUGUCCUCGGCCUCCCCGUCUACCGCCAUUCCCCAACCCAACAGCAGCAGCAAACCCUGGAGGAGCAAGUCAACGAGCGCCAAGCACACCAACGCCCAACCGCCAUCAUCCACUAGCAACCCGGCAUCCGCAAUGCAGUCCAACAAGCCAGAGAAGGACGCAUCAACCAAGGUUGAAGCUCCUCCCAAAGCUGCCACCCAGAAGUCGAUGCUUGAGAAACUUAAGCUGUUCAACAGCAAAUCAGGAUCUAAAGCGGCAAUGCCCCAACCGGACGGCGCAGCCCCAGUCCGGACGCCUGUGGAGAAAUCGGAAACCGGCUCCAACACUGAUCCUUUAGAGGAAGAAGACGGCAACCUAAGACCAGGGAUGAAUGGGACAUCAGCUUCGACAACCGCCAGCAGCCCCAAAAUUGCUCUGAAGGGCAUUGCCCAACGCACUUUCAGCAGAGCUCUGACCGCCAAGAAGGGUUCAGUGAAAGGCCUGGACAAGGAGAAAGGGAAGGAGAAGGAGAAAGGGAAGGAGCUGGGCAAACGCGGCCCUGAUAGAACGGAGCUAAGGGGGGAGGAGCUUAAAGAGGAAGUAACGCCCGUUCCUCCGGAUGUUGAGGCGUCCAACAAAAAGACGUCCAAAAUUGCUAGUUUCAUUCCCAAGGGUGGAAAAGUAGCCAAAAAGGAGAGUUCGACCCCAGCACAAAGCGGAAUACCAAAGCCAGGAGGCAAAGCCCCGGGAGCUGGGGGCAAAGCUUCUUCAGCAAAGGAGGCGGCGGAAAGGCCUCGCAGCAUGCGGCUGGGCGGAGGCGGGCUCGCCAUGCACCGCGGGCCUCUGGAGAGAGACAGGGACAGCAGGCACUCCAGCUCUACCUCCAGCUUGGCCUCCUCUGAAGGGAGGCCUGGCGCCGCCCCGGUGGCGGGUUUAGGCACUACGCAGAGCACGGCCAGCAACACUGUCAGCGUGCAGCUACCUCAGACGCAGCAACUGCACAGCCACCCCAACACGGCUACUGUUGCACCUUUCAUGUACAGAACACAAACAGAUGGCGAGGGAACGGUGAACUCGGAGAGCGGCUCAGUGGGAAGAGGCGGAGACGUUUCCUGCACAAAGACCAGCCAGACCUCCAUUGAAGACCUUUCAGGUGAAGACCCAGAGACCAGACGGCUGCGCACCGUCAAAAACAUUGCAGACCUACGGCAAAAUUUAGAAGAGACCAUGUCUAGUCUGCGGGGAACUCAGGUCACUCACAGUACUCUGGAAACCACCUUUGACGGCAGCGUUACGACAGACAUCAGCAGUGGCGGCGGCGGAUCGUCCGGCAACAACAGUAGCGGCGGCGGGAGCGGUCGAAGCAUUCUCAGCCUCACCUCUGCCCGCUCGUCGCUGUCACCAUGGCGACUGGGGCAGUCCAGCCCUCGUCUGCAGGCGGGCGAUGCCCCUUCUGUUGGGAACGGCUACGGCGGGCGAGGGGGGCGCUAUCUGUACCCUGGGCAGCUGCGGAGGCAGCUGGCUGGCAGGGGCGGCGCUCUGUGCGGCGUGGAGCUGGGGGACAGAGCCGGAGAUGAAAUGGAGCUGGACGGCCCCGCCAUGGAGGUCACCGGCUACAUGAGCGACGGAGAUGUUCUGAGCAAGAACGUUGUGCGCACUGAUGAUGUCACCAGUGGCUACAUGACUGAUGGAGGUUUGGGUCUCUACACUCGCCGCCUGAACCGACUGCCUGACAGCAUGGCUGCAGUUCGAGAGACGCUCCAUCGGAACGCGUCGUCAGGACAGGGAGACGCCGACAGCUGGGAUGACAGCAGUUCGGUGAGCAGCGGCAUCAGCGACAACAUCGACACAGAUGACAUCAACACCAGUUCCUCCAUCUCCUCCUACGCCAACACACCUGCAGCUCAGCGCAAAGGCCUCAACACACAGCCUGUGACGGAUGCGGAGAAGCACUCUGCCUCCACAACAGCUCACCAGGCUUGGACCGGAGACGAGGUGAAGCGGCCCGACGGCGGGCUGGACGGCGGCGUCAGAAUGGACGCCAAGUGGAGCCGCAGGAACUGCGACGUGUCCGAUGAGUCGGACAAGGGCUGCUCGGGGAGAAAGACUCCCUCUUUGUCCAACACGGGCUCCUGGAGGAGAGGCAUGAGCGCUCAGGUGGGGGUGACGUCGCCCCGCACAAAAAGCACCAGCAGCACUGGCUCUACGGUUUCAGUCGGCCUGAAGAGCCACGGCUCGGGUAAAACCGACGACGUAAAAGUGUCGGAAAAAGGUCGCCUCUCUCCGCGCUCUAACGGCCUCCAGCGCUCGCCGUCUGACGCGGGGCGCAGCAGUGGCGACGAGGCCAAGAAGCAGCCGGCCCCCACCAGCCGCGCCGCCGCCGCCCCGCUUACGCACACCGUCUCAGACCCGCAGUCUCACACGCUCAUGCUGUCGACCCGCACCCCGACCAGCACCUUCGGCUUCAAGAAGCAAGGCCACGGCAUGGUCACCAUAGUUACUGCGAGCGGCGCCACCAUCACCAGCGGCUCAGCCACGUUGGGGAAGAUGCCCAAAUCCGGAGGGCGCUCUCUGUCAUGCGGCUUAAAAUCGGGCGGGCAGGAUGGGGGGUCUGCGUUGGGUCACCAUGACGACGGUUUCCUCCCGAUGAGCGCCCGCUCCACUCUGCAGUACCGCAGCCUGCCCAGGCCCAGCCGCUCGGGGGCCGCCGCCCGUAACAGCAACCGCUCGUCCACCAGCAGCAUCGAGGCGGCCGUGCUCUCCGUCACGUCUCACGGGAAAAACUCGUUUGGCAUCGCCAAGCCCAACGGGUCAGCGGCGCUCCUGGCCAAUCAGACGGAUCGUGAGAAGGGCGUCUCCGAGAUCGACAACCUGAGAGGCGGGAUGCAGAGUGGCCCGGCAGCGGCGGCGGCGGCGGCGGGAAGACAGCAAGUUUCAUCACCAACACUUCGCAGGUUAUUUGGUGGAAAGGCCAGUAAACAAGCUCCAGUCACCACAGCUGAAAACCUGAAGAACUCCACGGUGAUCUCCAACCCCCACGCCACCAUGAACCACGUCCCUACGGUGCUGGAGUCGCCUGACGGCGUGCUGGGAGGCGGGGACAGUGAGACCAGCAGCCCCCUGUUUGGAGGCCGAGCCCCGGGGUCAGGAACUGGGACUCUGGGCAGCGAGCAGGCCUCCAGCCCAGGAUCAAUGUAUUCCUCCACCGGUCCCUCCAACAGCCUGACAUGGGGAACCACCUUCAGCGGCUCGUCCGUGCCGAGCAGAGAGGGUACCCUGGGUGGGCAUGGUGGGGCAGGCAGCGUGGGAUUCCCUUCAGUCAGCAGCAUGCACACCAGCAGCGAGUCCAUCGACAUGAGCCUGAGCAGCGCCGGCGGACUCGGGACACAUCGGGAGGACACCAUCUCUGCUCUGGGUCGCGCCGGGAGCGUCAAGACCGGCAUGUCAGAGAGUCCCCUCUCCUCGCCCUCCGCUAGCCCCAUAUUCAGCCGAAACACGCUACCUCGGAGGCAGGACAGCGGGCCACAUUGUGGUAGAAACACUCUGCCUAAGAAGGGAUUCAGGUACGGUCCGUCUCAGCAGCUGCGAGGUCAUGAGGACCGUGAUUGGCUGCGCUCCCACUCCACCAGUGGGCUGCAGGACUCUGCCAAUAACUCACCGUUCUCCCCCGGCUCCAGCCUCACCUCACCCUCUGGGACUCGCUUCAACUUUGGACAGCUGGCAUCCAGCCCAACCUCUGCAGGUCAGAUCAACCUCGCUGGUCUGCGCAACAACAGCCUGACCAAUCAGGACGCUCCUUUUGACCCGUGCAGUGACAGUCGACUGAGAAACUCCUGCAUGUCGCUGGACGAGAAGACUCGCACCAUGAGCCGGUCAGGAUCUUUCAGGGACGGCUUCGAAGAAGUUCAUGGCUCAUCUCUGUCUUUGGUGUCCAGCACUUCUUCCAUUUACUCCACGAACGAGGAGAAGUCUCAGUCGGAGAUCCGAAAACUUCGCCGGGAGCUGGAUGCCUCCCAGGAGAAGGUUUCCGCCCUCACCACUCAGCUGAGCGCCAAUGCUCACCUGGUUGCAGCGUUUGAACAGAGUCUGGGCAACAUGACCAUCAGGCUGAAGAGUCUAACUCUGACUGCAGAGCAGAAGGACUCUGAGCUGAAUGAGCUGAGGAAGACCAUCGAGCUACUGAAGAAGCAGAACGCUGUUGCUCAGGCGGCCAUUAACGGAGUCAUCAACACACCUGAACUUGUACCCAAAGCAGAUCGGACAGCUGGCAGUAAUGGUACGAUGCAGCAGCAGCAGAAUCAGCAGCCAGACCUGCGCAUCAGGCGGCAGCAUUCCUCCGACAGCGUCAGCAGCGUCGCCAGCGCCACCAGCCACUCCAGCGUGGGAUCCAACAUGGACGCAGACGCAAAGAACAAAAAGAAGAACAAAAAGAACUGGCUGCGCAGCUCCUUUAAACAAGCGUUCACCAAGAAGAAAUCUCCCAAAUCCGCCUCGUCUCACUCAGACAUCGAGGAAAUGACGGACUCAUCCCUGCCAUCCUCCCCCAAACUGCCUCACAACGGCACUUCGGCCUCCAGCCACAUCCUCAGGAACACACACUCCAACACUCUAUUGUCGGAGUGUUUGGACAGCGAGGCUGAGACGGUGAUGCAGCUGCGGAGUGAACUCAGGGAAAAGGAGAUGAAGCUGACCGAUAUCCGCCUGGAGGCCCUCAGCUCAGCGCAUCAGCUGGACCAGCUUCGGGAGGCCAUGAACCGCAUGCAGCUGGAGAUUGAGAAGCUGAAGUCAGAGAAUGACCGCCUGAAGCUGGAGAGUCAGGGCAGCAGGACGGGAUCGCAGGCGUCCAUCUCGGCGUCUCCUCCGCCUCACACACAGAGCCAGAGCGCGGGCCCCGCUGCGGGCCUGUCCCAGCACAGCCUCAACCUUACCACCAGCGAGUCGACCAGUCUGGAUAUGCUGCUGGAAGACACGGGUGGAGAUGGUGGGAUGAGGAAGGAAGGUCGACACGUAAAGAUCGUUGUCAGCCUCGACGAAGAGAUCAAAUGGGGGGAGGAGAGUCAAUCUCGCCACUUCCUGAUUGGUUGCAUCGGAGUGAGCGGCAAAACGAAGUGGGAUGUUUUGGAUGGAGUGGUCCGACGCCUCUUUAAGGAGUACAUCACCCAUGUUGACCCGGUGAGCCAACUCGGCCUGACCACAGACAGCGUUCAGGGUUACAACAUCGGUGAAAUCCAUCGGCCCAGCAGCUCCAGUAUGGCCAGUACGCCUGAGCUGCUGCCCUGCGGCUACCUGGUGGGAGACAACACCAUCAACAUCCAGCUCAAAGGUGCGAGCAGUGAAAACGUCGACUCUCUCGUGUUUGACACGUUGAUCCCGAAGCCGAUGCUGCAGCGCUACGUCUCCCUGCUGAGGGAGCACAGACGGGUCAUCCUGUCCGGGCCGAGCGGCACCGGGAAGACCUACCUGGCCAAUCAGCUGGCGCGGCACCUUCUGCUCCUCGAGGGCCGACCUCUGACCCCGAACGCUGUCGUCACUUUCAACGUGGAUCACAAGUCCAGCAAGGAACUUCGUCAGUACCUGUCAGGAUUAGCCCAGCAAUGCAACAGUGUUUCUGGGGAAGACAGCCCCCUGGUGGUCAUUCUGGACAACCUCCACCACGUCAGCUCUCUGGGAGAAAUCUUUAAUGGCCUCUUCAACUGCAACUACCAGCACUGUCCUUACAUUAUAGGCACCAUGAGCCAAGCCACAUCUUCAGCUCCAAACCUGCAGCUUCAUCAUAACUUCCGGUGGGUCCUGUGUGCCAACCACACUGAGCCAGUAAAGGGAUUCCUUGGUCGUUACCUGAGGAGGAAGCUAAUAGAGAUGGAGAUCGGCAGCCGGACCCGAAACGCAGAGCUGGUGAAGAUCAUGGACUGGGUGCCGCGGGUUUGGCAUCAUCUGAACCACUUCCUGGAGACUCACAGCUCCUCUGACGUCACAAUCGGACCCCGCCUCUUUCUGUCGUGCCCCAUGGACGUGGAGGGAUCCAGGGUUUGGUUCACUGACCUGUGGAAUUACUCCAUCAUCCCCUACAUGCUGGAGGCCGUACGCGAAGGACUGCAGCUGUACGGCCGCCGGGCAGCGUGGGAGGAUCCAGCAGCCUGGGUGAUCGACUCGUACCCCUGGUCAUCGACGCCACCUCCGGGCGACUGGCCACCGCUGCUGCAGCUCCGCCCAGAAGACGUCGGCUUUGACGGCUACUCUGCACCAAGAGAAGGAGUCAGGAAAGAGCCGCCGCAAAGCGACAGCGAUGCAGAUCCACUGAUGAAUAUGCUGAUGCGCCUGAAGGAAGCGGCGACGUCAUCGAGCCCGCAGAGCUACGACAGCGACUCCAACAGCAACAGUCACCAUGACGACAUCCUCGACUCAUCGCUGGAGUCGACCUUAUGACAUCGCAGAAGCACAAAAGCUUGACUAUUUCUACUCCGUUCUCACCGUGAUGAGAACUUCCUGGCACAAAAUGCAGCCACAUUUAUCUGGGUGCAGGUAACCCAAGUGUUUAAAAAAAAGACAAGGUUCUUCAGCACUGCCGUGAUUUUUAAAAUUUUUUCCUUCACCGCCGUGGCCCUUGGUUCCUCUGUCAGGAGUCUGACGUCUGCUUCAGCAGAAAGUAGAAGCACACAGCCUGUGCCUGUUGAUGAGGCGUCCCUGUUACCAUCAUCAUGAGUCAACAGCUUACUUUAACACCAGCCAAGUGAUCGGCAUCCUCCCCUGUGUUGUAGACCGGACCCGCCUGCAGGUGGCGAUCCAACCCAUGCUGUCUUGCACUGUGAGCCAGCGCAGCAACGAUGAACAAUCAGCUCGUCCUCUGCAGACCAAACCAGCCAAAGUGAAUUUUCAGUUCAAAACACAACAUUUCUUUCUGAAAAUACACUGCAAAAAAGUUUAUUUUUGGUUUAGCUUUUAUUAAUAAGACAAAACUAACUUUUCAGCAAGACAGAGGAGCUUAUAGAAUAAUUAUAUAAUUAUUAUAGAAUAAUUCCUGAAUAUUGAUCAGUAGUUAAUAAUACGUCUUAUUUUGUUUUAUGAUCUAAUUGAACUAUUACACAAGAUGCAUUCUUAUAAUCAAGCCUGAUAAGUUUUUCUGAGUAACAUUUGAAUUUUUGUUACAUUUGUCAACAGAUUCCUAUAGCCAUUCCUUAAAUGCAGAUAUUAGGAAAAUAUAUUUGUAACAAAUUGUAUAUUUUAGCUAUUUGACAAGAUCCUAAUUUGACACAGAUUUUUUAAAAUAUUUCUGUAAUAAAGACAGGAAAAAUGGAGCGGAAAAUGUGACAGAUUUACUCUAAAACUUGAAUGAAAAAUGUGAAAAAUUUAGUUUUUUCAUAUUUUUGUAUUUUUAUUUGGGUUUCUACUGCUAAUAAAAACAACCCAAACUCUUAAAAACCCACCCAGACUUUUUUAGACAACAUUUUAAUGUUUUUUUUUUUUUUUUUAGUGUCUGGAAAAUGAACUGUUUUAAAAACUUCUGGAAUGUAACGUCUCAAAUCAGCAGGCACUGCUCGUUACCUAGCAACCCCAGCAGAACUCUAGCUUGUUAUCUAGCAACCAAAGCUGAGAUAUAUUUAAAACACAUUUUAUUUGUAUAACAGUUUCUAAACACUUCUAAACACAAACAAUUACAAGUAGAACUCUAAGUACAUCAAACAAAAACAUGAAAGAAGAACACUUAAAUUAAAAAUAUGUUAAAAAAUAAAACAGGACAUACAGCAUAAGCUGUAGAAUGACUGCCGGAAAGAACAAGUGUUUUGUUGGAACCACUUUCUGCAUUCUUAUUGGUUGUGCAGGAGGUUCUACUUCUGCUUUUCAAAGAUCUGCAGACUAAAAUCUCAAUAUUUACAAUUGAUUUUGUGGCAAAAAUGUAUCAAACAUGUUUUGUGUCGCCUAUAGACCGAACCUAAUCUGUUCAAGGAAGCAUCAGAGGUGACUAUGAAGCUGAAAUUCACUUUGGAGGGAUUUGUCCUUUAAAUGGCUGGCUGAGAUGAUCUGUGUCCUGAUUUCUUCUCUAAUUCAUCGCUUCUUUCUUUGAGCCUUCUGAUCUCUCUUCGCACAUUUGGCCCAUGCAGGCUUUAGUAGCACAAAUCUCCUUUUGGUGCUGGACAGAGUUCCAACAAACAAUGCCUUACUCUUUGCUACCAGAUUACGUGCAUUAGCUGAUUUUUAUUUUUUUUUGUCUGAAUGGCUGUAAAACGUAACAGGGCUCCAAAAGUCGUCCUCUCCUCGAGCGGCUGCAGUUCUCGAGGAGUGCCGUCGACCUCUCAUAUCAAUCACCGUUGCCGUGGGAACGUUGAAUAGAUGCGAAUCAGAAGCAGUACUUUUGAAUUAAAGAUCUAUUUUUUGUUUGUUGCUCUUUUUGCAUGAGUGAUCUGACAAGAUUGUAAAUAUGAACUGCAAGAAAGAAAAAUAUUUCAGUGUGUUUUGGUGCUUAAAAUCAGAACCUGUUGGUGACUGAGGCAAGUCAAAGACUUGAUUUUAUACCUCAUCUCCCAUCUUUUAACUGUUUUUUUUUUUUCAUUGUUUUGUUCUGGUUAUGAACAAAACUCAGACAUGUUGAACUAGUUUUAAAGCUGCUUUGUUUAUAUGAAAAUAUACGUAAGAGGUUAUUAAUAUAAAAGGUACGUGUGAAAAAUGAGUAAAAAUGGUUUGGCAUGUUUAUAACUUUAAAACCUUCUCUUUUCUCCCUUAAACCUCCAAGCCUGCCUUCAAAAGGCUUAAAGCCAGAGAAUUAAAGUCCAUCGUUUCAAUAUUUUACUCACUGAUCCUAUGCAACAUUUAAUCCAGAAAUGAAAACUGAACAUAUGUUUGUUCCCCAGUUUGAAGAUGUUUUGCAUGACACCAGCUUUGUGGCCAGCGUUCUACGGCAGCGUAUUAUGACCAUAGUAGAUAAAAAAGGAGCAAGUUUCUGCCAGACAAAAACUCAGAAAUUUUCUGAGAAAUUUUCUAGAAAAAAUUGGGAAUUUUCUGAGAUUGAAAAAUCAAAAAUUCACAAAACAAUCUCUGAAAUUUUUCAAUCUCUGAAAUUUCCUAGACAAAAUUUAGCAAGUUUCAAGUUGAAUAGUUGCAAGAAAAGGAAAAACUAAUGAAUUUUGAAAUUAAUCUCAGAAAAUUUCAAAAGAUUGUGAGAAAGAAAAAUUGAGGUUGCUGUCAGAAGUAGCAGAUUUUUGACUUUUUGAGCUCAAAAAUUUCUCUGCAAAUUUCUCAGUUUCAAGUCUAUAAUUUGCAACAACAAAAAAAUAAAAUACAAAGUUGAGACUAAGCUCAGAAAAUUUAAAGCAAAACCUUGAAAGUAUAAAGUGAAACAUUUGUAAUAAAAAUCUACAUUUUUUAGAAAAGUUUUUCUAAACUUUUGGAGCUCAAAAAUUUUCUUGCAAGUCUGAGUUUCAUGUAAAAAAUAGAUAAGAAAAACUCAAAUUUGGAAAUUAAUUUCAGAAAUUUUUAUAGAAAAAAAAUGUUUUGGUUUCAAGUCAAGCAUUUCCAAGUAAAUGAAAUGUUUUAAGUCUAAAGAAUUGUAUAGAAAAAAAUCCUUAUUAUGGAAAUUUUCAGGGAUUAAUCUCAACUUUUAAAUUUUUUUGGCAGAAAUUAGCUUUUUCUAUAUACAGUGGCCCUGAUACUCCAUCGUAGUUCUCAUUGUCUUUGUGUUUCCCGGUUGCUUUAGUUUUAAUCCUGCUGCUCUUGUUGCAAGCACAAAAAGUUCUGCAAGUCCGUGCAAAGCCAGCUCUGUUAGGUGUGAAUGUCUGAAGCCUUUGACUGGUCCAUCAUUUUAUUACUCACAAACUUAAUGAAUGUUUAGAUUUCAUAGCCGUGUACAUUUUUUAUAUGUAAGAUAACUUUGUAAAUAGCUGUUAAUCUUGCAGCAUUUUGAUGACUUUUUUAGCCGAUUUGGUAUAAUACUUGAAAAUUGGUAUUUUGUGUACAGUCUCUUUGUGUCAGAGCAGAUCGAUGCAGUUUGUCAUCACUUGUUUGUCCAGGACUCAGAGAAUUGAAUCUGAUAUCACUGUACUAGUCUUAAGUUAUUGUGAUUCAAUAAAUUUAUUAAUUUAUAA